AAAACGCUGUGUAAAAACCGGUAAAACACGUUACGAUAUAUAUCCAGCACUCUGACGGUAACAUUGUGCUGCUGCAGGCUACUGAUUUUCAAUCCACACGUAAACUAAUUUCAUUUAAUGAAAGAUGCUGAGUCAUCACGUCUUUCUCACGGUCUCAUGCUCACUGCUGACUGACUGAGAGGAAGUUUACAUUCUCCCUUAUUUGUAGAAUUUAAACUGCAGUUUGUUUGUUUUAAUUAUUAUUCUAUUAUUUUAUACUGUAUCAGAAAAAAACAGUUCUUCUGUGAAUGUUUUAUUUCACGCCUGCUUCGGUAAUGUAAACGUCUUCCGUACCAAUAAAGCCUCUUUGAAUAGAAGUAGUGUACUCCUCGGUUUGCAGAAAGCGGUCAGACAUGUUUGGCCGUUCCUGUAAACCUGACUGCACACACAGGUUUCUUUCAUCCGGCUGCAGCAGCAUAUCCUGUCAUAUGUGAGUGUUUCACCCUUCACCACAGAAUCCUUCUUUGGAUCCGCAGUCACGAGUUCCUGACACGCGGUCAUUUCCUACAAAAUACCGCACUCCUACAGCACAUACAGGCUGCUGAGAGACUCGAUGUGUUCACGGUGCGCUUUGUUGCCGACACAAAAUGCUUUCCUUGAAGCAAGUGGAGCAGAGUUUGGAGAAUGCAGGACAGGCUCACGUCCUGCAGUUCUGGAAGGAGCUCUGUGAGGAGGAGAGGGACCGUUUCCUCACGGAGCUGUCUCAGCUGGACCUAAAAGGACUGAAGGAGCACUGUGAAGGGGCUGCGAGGGCGGCAGCCUCCCCGUCUGCUAGCCUGGAUCAGCACAUAGAGCCAGUCCCUCCGGAGUUCAUCGGCAGCGUGAGGAAAAGUGACAGAAACUCUCUAGCAGAGUGGGAAAAUGAAGGGCUCUUGCAAAUCUCAGAGAAUCGAGUUGGAGUCCUACUCUUGGCUGGAGGUCAGGGGACCCGUCUUGGUGUUAAGUAUCCCAAAGGGAUGUAUAACGUUGGGCUACCAAGUGGCAAAACCUUGUAUCAAAUCCAGGCAGAGCGCAUUCACAAAAUCCAGGAGCUGGCAGGCAGAACGCAUGGCUCAAAAUGCACCGUUCCAUGGUACAUAAUGACCAGUGAGUUUACUCUGGCUCCCACUGAGAAAUUCUUUGAAGAAAACAACUACUUUGGUCUGGAGCCAUCAAACAUCGUUAUGUUUGAGCAAAGGAUGAUCCCAGCAGUGACCUUUGAUGGAAAGGUCAUCCUGCAGGCUAAAGGGAAGAUAGCCAUGGCCCCAGACGGGAAUGGCGGUCUGUACCAGGCAUUGGUGGACAACAAGGUGCUAGAAGACUUGAAGAAAAGGGGAGUGGAGUACCUGCACGUGUACUGUGUGGACAACAUCCUGGUUAAGAUGGCCGACCCCGUAUUUAUUGGGUUCUGUGUGAGCAAAGGGGCUGACUGUGGAGCCAAGGUGGUGGAGAAGGCGUACCCUGCAGAGCCAGUGGGUGUGGUUUGCAGGGUUCAAGGCGUCUUCCAGGUGGUGGAGUACAGCGAGCUCCAACCAGAGACAGCUGAGCUCCGAGGACCUGGAGGGGAGUUGGUGUACAGUGCUGGAAACAUUUGCAACCACUUCUUUACCAGGGCUUUUCUGCAGGAUAUAGCAGAGAAAUUUGAAAGCCAACUGAAACAACAUGUAGCAAUCAAGAAAGUGCCCUUUGUGGACACAUGUGGCAAUCAGGUCAAACCCACCAAACCAAAUGGCAUAAAGAUGGAGAAAUUUGUUUUUGAUGUCUUUCCAUUCUCAAGGAAAUUUGUUGCGUUUGAGGUUGUGAGGGAGGAUGAGUUUUCCCCCCUGAAAAAUGCAGAUGGAGCAGCCACAGACAGCCCGACCACGGCCAGAAAUUCUUUGCUGGCUCAACACUGCCGCUGGGCCAUGGCUGCAAGAGCCACACUGUUGGAUGAACAUGGGAAAACCCUUUCUCCUACAGCCAGUGUUUCAGCAGGGAACGAUCCUCCAGCGCGAUGUGAGAUUUCACCACUGGUCUCCUACUUUGGAGAGGGCCUAGAGCAGCUGCUGAAAGGGAAGACGCUGCCAAACCUCUUCAUACUGGAUGAAAAAACGGCCAAGGAGCUGCAGGCUCAGUAACAAUCGUCUGAUUAAUAGAGUAUUGUGCGACGGCACCAGAGAUUCCAGUAUAGAAUGGAGAUGGCAACCCUGGAUAGAUGUGUUUGGGUGGUUUCAGCCUAAGAAUGCACAAUUGUUUAAAUGAAUUUUGAACCGUAUGUGAAGAUAAUCAUAUCAGACUGUCAUUUAAUGCAUCUCAUGCAAUUGUCUCUUUGUUGAAGAAGAACUACAAAUCAUGUGAUCACUUAAUGACAAAAAAGGGACUGGCAAUGAGUUUUGGGAAUUUAUAGACUUUGUUUUACAUGUAACAAAAAAUAUAAUCAAAAUACCUCACUUAGUGUCCUCUCCCAUUCUUUUUAAUAAAUUCAUUCUACUUUA